AUGUCGGCCCCUUCUCUCACCAACUUCGUCGUCAAGCGCCCCUGGUUGAAGCGCUGGAUGACGCCAAUUGCCAACUGGUACACCGAUGCCGCCGGCUACAGAAGACUCGGUCUCAAGGCCGAUGACCUGAUCCCCGAGGAGAGCGACACCGUCCAGACCGCUCUCAAGCGUCUUCCUCCCAAGGAGGCCUACGACCGCAUCUUCCGUAUCCGCAGAGCCUUCCAGUGCUCUAUCUCGCACACUCUUCUCCCCCCUGAGGAGCACGUUAAGCCCCACGAGGAUGUCGAGUACCUGAGCCCCAUCAUUCGCGAGAUCGAGAAGGAGAACGCCGAGCGUGCCGACCUUGACAACCUUGUCGUCAACCGAAAGAAAUAA